UGCGGAGGGGCGGCGAGGGGCGGCCAUUGGCACCCGGGCGUCGAGCGAAGCCGGCGAGAGGGAAGAAGGCGGGAAAGACGGUUGGAAGCGGCGCACGUCUCCAACCGCCCGCCGGUUCAAACCCCGGCGGCAGUUGCCAGGGAGAACCGGUACCGCUCGGCCAAUCAGCGACCCCUCGGGGCUGUUGCCAGGUGAAAAAGCCCCCGCUCGGCCAAUCAGCGACCUCCAGGGGCUGUUGCCAGGUGAAAAAGCCCCGCUCGGCCAAUCAGCGGCCCGGUUGAGGUCUUCCAUCCAAAAUGAGGGGCAAUGGACGGCGGCGAUGGCCGCGGGGGAAUGGCGGUGGCGUCGCUGCUGCAGCCGCCCUCUCGCUGCUCUUCCGCUUCUUCAUGCUCGACUCCGCGGCUCUGGGAAUGCACGUGGGCCAAAUGAGCUUUUCUAGCACUGGGGAAGAUUUCACCCUGGCGGUCCUGCGAUUUGCAUUCGACGGCGAAGAGUUCAUCCGCUUCGAAUACUCCUUGAACAAGUUUGUAGCCAAACACCCCCUGGCGGAGCCAUACGCCGACGAGCUGAACAAAAAUGAGAGAGUUAUCAGAAACGUUGCCAGCACCAUUCGUGGCUUGCCGUUGAUCUCGCACAUAGUUAAAGAAGGCAUCCGAGCUGAGACAGCGAAGCCUGCGAUCACGAUAACCUCAAGGCGUCCAAAUGCACAUGGACUUCCCUUGGUCCUGACCUGCAGAGUGGAUGGAUUUUACCCGAGGGACAUCACUACCACCUGGCUGUGGAACGGCAAAGACAUCGACCAAGAGGUGCUGAGGAGCAACAUUCUGCCCAACUUUGACGGGACAUUCCAGAUGCGGCUACAGCUUAGUGUUGACCCCAGCAGAAUCGGUGACACCUAUUCCUGCCAAAUCACACACAGAAGCGUGCCUGACAACCUGACUGCAGUGUGGGUUCCCCAGAAUCAAAACGUACCAGUCUAUGGAUAUGUGGUUGGAAUAAUGGCUGGAUUAGUCGGUAUUCUGAUUGCUGUAUCUGGAGGAAUCAUGAGAUGGAAAGUUGUCCGUGCGCCGCGUGAAGAUACCCAACUUUGUGAAGACAUCACAUCUUUGCCGAGCCCCGUCCCUGCAAAUGUGUCAGAAGUUUAAAAACGAAUCGUCCCAUUUGCACGGCAAAUAAAAUCCAGCGACCAGCCUCUUGAAGACCUCAUGUUUAAACUGACGUGCUAACAUGCAUGGGCGGAAAUCCUGGU